AAUCUCUUGAACUAACAUUGGCAAAAUUUGAACGAAAUUGGUUAAUGGAGAGUGCUAGCUUCUCUUUUAACUUUAACUUUGCGGAAAAAGAUGUUCAAUUAUUAAAUGAAUCAAAAUUCCGUAACUUUGAAGAAAAUGAAGACUUCUCUAACAAUGAUUCUAACAAUGAUUCUGACGCAAGCUGGGAAUCUUUUGAUAAACAAGCAUUUAAUGAGUUACCUGAACUAGAACAAUUUCUUGAACAAAAAAUUAUAGUUAAAAUUCCACCUUCGUCAAUACCAACAGAAAUUCCACCUCCAUUAACACCAAAAAAAACUCCACCUCCAACAUCUAUUGAGGAAUGA